AAACAUCAUUAUACAAUCUUAAAUAGCAGUAUUACACAUUUACAAAUUAAACAUAACUUAAAUUCUAUAUAUUUUAAGCAUAUACAUAAAAUUUACACAAUCUGGAAGACAAAAGAACACACAAUGAAUUCUAACAAAAACACCAGAAAAAAAAAGCCGUUGAUGCCUCGUAAUGAUAAUAAACCAUUAAUAAAUCAAAAAGAUAAAACUAAAGCCUAUACACUUGACACGCUUAAUAAAAUCGCUGCUAAUGAAAUUCUUGAAAACACGUGCAAUCCUAUUUCGAAUAAUGACCUCGAUAAUGAGGUCACAAGUGACACUAAUACAAAUGUUAAACAAGACGGUUUUAAUCAAAUUCCGGAAUUAAAAGAAGAAUCUCAAAUCUCAGAACAAUCAAAAAUGAGUAGCCUCAGUAACAGGUACCAACUAAAUUCAAAAAACUAUGUUCAAGAACUACAUAAAGCAUUGAUAAAAGAGUGUAAUCACAAUUUAUUAGAUUACACCUCUUUGAACGCAACAUUAGAUUUCGAAUCAUUGACGAAUGUCACUAGUCGGACGUUGAAAGCUAUACAGGAUCAAAAAAUAUUUUCGGUAUUAGGAUAUUUUCCAACAAUUUCUCUAGAGAUGAACAACCGUGGGUGGGUAGAAAAACGAGAUCCGUACAGACCGCCAACAAAUUAUUCUCAUUAUUUAAAAUCAGCACCAUACAUGGUUAAUUGGAUUGAAUCACCUCCGCUUUUAUCGUCAAUUAAUGAAAAUGAAGCUAUCAUAGAGCGCCUGAAAAGUGCGCAAUCGUGGAGUAUACUUAAAGAUAAAAGAUCGGAUUUUAUUUUUGUCACUAGAAAACGAUUGAUUAAUUGGUCCAAUUUAAGUGAAUUGACAUCCGUUAGUCAGAUGACAAGACACGUGUUUUGUACCAAAACUGGUUUGGCACAAUGUUUAGAAUUAUACAAAAAUUCUGUGACAAAUUUGAUGUUUCCGAGAUGUCAUUAUAUUCGAUCUGAAGCAGACAGUGAUGCAUUUAUUGAAGAUUAUAUUACAACAGCGUUAGUAAGCACACUGAAGAUUAUUGUAAAGGGGAUUGAGAAUAAUAAAAAAAUGUUCUCUUCAAAUGGCAAUAUACCAUACAAUUUUAUUGAUUUUGUAAAACGAUGUGUAUCAAAAUUUCUGAAUAAACACAUAACUGGUAAUACAACAAAAAAUUUAUGGGCAUAUAAUUGUCAAAAAGAGGUAUGGAACGAAUUUAUGAUUCAUUACACAAAACUGAUCAUCGAUAACAAUGCAAGAUUUGAUCAUGAGUAUAUAUAUGAAUUAGAACUAGAUGUCUAUGCAAAAUGUAAAUAUUUACUAGAAAACGUGAAAAAAUAUUGUCCUCAACACUAUAUAGAUGGAAUUACCAACACAUGGAUUAUAAAACCCUCUUCGAACUGUUCAGGUCAUGGUAUUAUGUUGUCUAGAGAUUUGCAUACGAUAAAACGAAAAAUCACUGAAGCCGGUUUUUUGAGAAAUAAUUAUAUUUUACAAAAAUAUAUAGAAAGACCACUUUUGGUUUAUACGUGUAAAAUUGAUUUGCGACAAUGGUUUUUAGUGACCAAUAUGAGUCCAGUAGUUGUGUGGAUGUACAAAGAGGGUUACGUUCGAUUUUGUGCAAACAGUUUCUCAAUGCAAAAUAUGCACGAAUCCAUUCAUCUCAGCAAUGUCCGACUACAAAUGAAAUAUCGAAAAUUUAGAAAUCCACAAGUACCCGAUGAAUGUAUGUGGGAUUAUAGAGAAUUAAAAGACUAUUUGAGAAAAAUUGGACAAGAAUACGUAUGGGACGAAUUAAUAUUUCCCGGAAUGGGUGAGAGUAUUUACGCUGUGUUAAAGGCUGCUACGGACACUUCGUUUUACCGUGAUAAAACGUUUCAAUUGUUCGGAGCUGAUUUUUUAAUAACUGAAAACUUUAUCCCUUAUUUGAUAGAAAUCAAUUCCAUUCCCGGAUUGAAUCCGUCAACGAGCAUUAUCGCCAAUUUGGUGCCUAUGCUUCUUAGUGACAUCGUGAAAGUAACGGUGGACUAUGGGAAAAACUCAAACGCCGACACAGGGCUGUUUAUGAAAGUUGUGCCGGAAAAGUGGAAAUCAGCUGCCACGGUGAAGUUGAAUUCGGUUGCAGUCGCCGUAAAUAGAGGGAAUUCGUACAAAUCUACAGCGGGUAAAGUAGACCGUGGUUACAAUGUACUCAAAUCGACGGUGGCCACGAACGUUGAAACAGCACCGUUCAUGACUGGAUACCAUCACCAGUGGAUGGACAGUGUUAAUAAAAAAUUAGCAAAAUUGCGGUUACGGAUUGAUAGCCAGAAUACGACGGACGACUGUGGUUCUAUGCUUGUAUGUAAAAGAUGGCAAAAACUUAUUGACGCAUAUGUAUUUCAAGAAAAAGCUGCUCUAGAAAAUAAGUUUGUGAAUAAUGUUCGAGGAUACAGCAGUUUUUCACAAAUCAGUUCAAAUGAUAUUAGAAAAAUAGAAUUACCUUGGUAUGUGUUUUAUGUAAUAAGCAAAUUUGAUCCAUUCAAUAGAAAUUUGAUUAAAAACCAUUGUGGGCAAGACCUUUUGAACCAUUGGGAAACUGACAAGAGUGUUUUACCAUCACGGUCAUUGAUGAUGAGUGAUACUGAUUUAUCGUUUAUUUCCCAAACACUACAUGGCGAACAUUUGUCUGAUCCAGAUUUUGAUGGGCAUACAAGUUUUUUUAGUGUAGAUUUUGGACAUAUACACACAGUGUAUCAACAAAUUAUAUUUAAAGAUUAUGGCUUGAAUGAUAUUCUUAUGAAAACUCUUUGACCUAAAACUGUAUUUAGUUCAAGGUUUAAUAUCGCAGAAUAUAACUGCAAUAUUAUGUUAUAUAGAUUACAGGCUAGUGUUCAUAGUUAAAUUAAUGAGACUAAAGUUGUAACUGUAGAUUCUAUUAUUGAAGAAUCAUCAAUCAAAUGGGAAAGAGUUUCAGAUAUGAUUGAAACCAUGGGCCAUGAAACAUACUUAAAACUAAAUCAUUUUGUGAAGCGCUUUUUUUCACAAUUAUUUAUACUUAGUAACUUGGAAGUGACCUGUUCUGUUGUGAAAAUAUUGCUACCAAUAAAAUAUAAAAAUUCUAA